UAUGAAAUUUUUAACCAGCCUUAAAUAUUUUUGAGACAAAAAAAAAAUUACAUCACAUGAAAAUGGUUCUCAAUUUAUUCUACAUCUACCAAUCAACCAACAGAACUAAUCAAAUACUAACUAGCUUUAGUCAUUAAUAAGCAUAUAAAUUUAUUAGAAAUGAGGUGUAUAAAAAAUAAAUUUUCUAAGCUAGACAAGUUUAUUUUAAAUUUAUUAAACAGUUGGGACGGUAAAAUUUAGAAAUAAUUUUAUUAUAAACCAAAUAACUUGCUUUAUAUAGGUUAGGAUUUAAAACAAAUUCAGGUAUCACUUUCGUUAGUGAAUAUGUAAGUAUGAAUUAAUGAUGUAUGGUGUACUAUGGUCAUACGUUGGGUGGAUGUAAAUUUUGUUUUAGGGUAGAGAAAUGUAGACAAGGUUAACAAAGAUGAAAAUUUAAAAGAAUUUUAAGAAUUAAGACAUUUUUCGAAUUAAAUUUUUAUAAUUUUUUCAAUUUUAGGAGCCUCCAUUUUGACACUAGAACAUCUGUGUGAUAUUGCGAAAAAAUGACAACUAGUAGUGAAGAUGUUCUUUUGCAAAUGGGUGAGGUUCGGUACAAAAAAGGUGAUGGAACCUUAUAUAUAAUGAAUGAACGGCUUGCAUGGAUGGCGGAAAACCGAGACACUGUAGCUUGUUCUCAUAGGUUUCAAGAUAUUAAAAUGCAAAAAAUAUCUCCUGAAGGAAAACCAAAAGUUCAAUUACAAGUGGUCUUACAUGAUGGCAAUAGCUCAACAUUUCAUUUUGUUAAUAGACUAGGGCAAGCAGCGCAAUUAGCUGAUCGAGAUAAAGUGAAGGAAUUGCUUCAACAACUUUUGCCAAAUUUUCGUCGUAAAGUUGAUAAAGAAUUAGAAGAAAAAAAUCGAAUAUUAACAGAAAACCCACAUUUACUGCAACUGUAUAAGGACUUGGUGAUAACUCAAGUAUUAUCAAGCGAAGAGUUCUGGGAAACACAUGCCAAAGAUUAUGCACAAAAAAAUAAUUCUAAAAAACAAGAAAUUGGAGUUUCCGGAGCUUUCUUGGCAGACAUAAAACCACAAACAGAUGGCUGCAAUGGUUUGAAGUAUAAUUUGACAGCUGAUAUACGUGACUGUAUUUUUAAAACAUAUCCAGCUGUUAAAAAGAAACAUUUAGAAAACGUUCCAUCAAAAAUGACUGAACAAGAAUUUUGGACAAAAUUUUUUCAAUCACAUUAUUUUCAUAGGGAUCGAAUAACGGCGGGGACCAAAGAUAUAUUUUCAGAAUGUGGUAAGAUCGAUGAUCAAGCUUUAAAAGCUGCCGUACAACAAGGAUCCGGCGAUCCCUUACUAGAUUUAAAACAAUUUGAGGAUAAAGCAUUACAAGAUAGCUUUAAAAGUGCAUUUAGUGAUAAUAGGAAAUCAAAUAGUGGAAAUAUUGUUCAUCAAAGCAUGAUAAAACGGUUUAAUCAACAUUCAAUUAUGGUUUUAAAAACCUGUACGGACAUUAGUACAACACCGCAAACUAAUCCUUUGUCAGACAUAUCUGCUAACAAAGGUGAUUUAAAUUUGAAUGGCCUUAAAGAAAAAAAGCAUAAGUCUAAUCAUAACAAUAAUGCAAAUACAAGUACAAGUAAUCCUUCAUCUCGCAGAAAUUCUACUGAUUCUUGUUUGUCUACUUCUCCAGUAAAAGCAAAAAAGCAAAGAUUAAUAGAAAAAAUUUGUCUCGAUGAUUUAGGAACACCACUUGUUGAUGCCAUUGAUGAUAUGAAUGGAAAGCAAACGAAUAAAGAAUCGUUGCAUUUAAAUCUAGAUAAGGUGGAAAGAUAUUUACAUGGUCCAGUUCCUGUAUCUUAUUCUGAUCAUGUUGAAGAAUUACAAGGUUUAGAAGUGACGCAAUAUAGAAUAUGCGAGGAAUCGGAUAUGUGGAGUCAAAGGACCCCCCACAAAGUUUUAGUUAGCGCAAAAUCUGCUGUUAAUGCAUUAGGUGAAUUAAGUCCCGGAGGUGCUUUAAUGAGAAGUUUUCAGGAGCCAUCUUCACAACUUGUGCCACCAGAAUUCGAAAAGGAUCUUAGAAAUUUAUAUUUGUCUCUGAGUGAAUUAUUAAAACAUUUUUGGAGUGCUUUUCCACCUACAACACCAGAGUUGGAAAAUCGUGCUGUUCGAAUGCAUGAAGCGUUACAACGUUUUAAAAUGGCAAAAUUAACUGUUUUUGAGGAUCGUGCCAUGCGUGAGUUAUCACCACUAGGUGCCACUUUAACACAACAUUUGAAUCAGUUACUACAGUCUGCUGGACGAAAAUUUGCAACUUGGCAAGAAAGAAGAAUGCGUUUGCAUCGGUAGCAUCAAAAUAAACAUUUCUCAUCAACAUCGACAUCUGCAGCAGCAGCAGCAGCUAGUGCAACAGCAAUUGCAAAUGCGAUGUUAAAUUUAACUUCAUUAAAAUGAAAAUAAGAAAUCUUGCAAAUUUUGUAGUCAUUUCAAAAUGCGCGUGUAAUUUAUGAUUUUUUUUUUUCAAAUUAUUUCAUAAACCUUACAUAAAUAAAAAAUAGAUUAAGUCAAUUUAUUGAAAAAAAAAAAAAGAAAACAUAUUAUGGCUCGAACUCCUCUCAAUUAAAUUGAAUUCAUACUUGCAUAUAUGUACAUAUAUAAAGAGUAUUAAUAAGAAAAUAUUUUUAUUUUUGUGAAAUGAAAAAUUCUAGCGUUGUAGAUAGAAAUGAGAAAAUGUAAUUUUUUCUAAUUCAUAAAUAUAUUUUGUUUUUCUUUUUUAAAUAAAAUCAAAGCUAAAGUAAAAACUGUUAAAACCUUGCAGAAUUCAUGUCAAAAAAUAAUCAAAAAUAAAAUCACUAAAACUAUUUAAAAUGCAAAAACAAUAGAAACGAAAAAAAUAAAACAGAAAAUUGUUAGCUACACAAUUAUAAAAUACAACAAAUUAAAUGGUUCACCGUUCUUUUUUUAUGUUAUUAAUAAAAAAAAAUUAUCUAUGUAAAAA